UUACAAGCAGUCUGCCUCAGCCUAAGGCAGAUUAAUUAACUCUGGCACACAAGGCAACACAGGCGCACGAUUUAUUCAAAGACAUAAACGGUAGCUACAUAUACCUUUGUCGUUUCAUAUAAGCAAAGACGCUGGAUCCAAAUUCAGAUCUGAACCCGACGGUUGGGAAAAACCGAUGGGUUAUUGAGGGAAAUCACCGUCCGUCUGUGGAUGGCGGAAACUCCGCUCUCGCACGUGACAAUAUAAACGCUGGCACACGCGCUGCUCGCCGAUGUCCGACUACAAGAAGGAUGGUGAGUACAAGCCUCUUUGUGUCGUGUAACAGGCCACAGAAGGUUCUGGACCAUGUUCUACUCUCUGUCCUAUUCCUGCUGUCUCACACAGUAACAUGCACCUUGACAACAAAUGCAACUACAACCACACCAGGAGGACAAGGAUUUCUAUCAUCAACAAAAAUAGCUACACAGCUUAUUUCAGUUCCCCCAACUGUUGUUAUGAACACAUCAUCCACAUUACACCAGGUUAUAACAUCUGGGACCAAUAAUCUAACGAUCACUUCUGUAGCAAACACUACCACCACAACUACCAUGAGCCCACAGGUCAUAGCUACUGCUAAAACUACAACAGGAACCAAGAAACCAACAAACACUUCAGAAGUGAAUAGUAUUACCACAACUACUGCAACACUGGUCACAGCUUUUGCUAAUGCCACAAAUGAUUCAGGGAGCAAUAAUCUAACGAUCACUUCAGUAGCAAACACUACCACCACAACUACCAUGAACCCACAGGUCAUAGCUACUACUAAAACUACAACAGGAACCAAGAAACCAACAAACACUUCAGAAGUGAAUAGUACCACCACAGCUACUGCAACCUCACUGGUCACAGCGUUUGCUAAUGCAACAAAUGCACCCUGGCUAGUGCAUUGCAACUUCUCACAAAACUGUGACAAUGACUCUGUGUACUACUGGAUGACAAUCAGUGUUGAAGUUAAUGGAGCUGAGUCUAAUGAGUCAGAUAUAUCUGCAUGGAUUCAGAAUCUGUUCCAAAAUCAAAGUGAAUGUAGUCCCACACUUCCGACAGAUACACCAUUAAAAAUCAAUACCUCUUCACCCAGUGGAUCUAGUAAUGGCACCACUGUCAACAGCAGAGUAUCUACAUCAGCCCCCAUUACUGCUGCCAUCACACAAAAUGUCAGUGUGUCAAAUGGAAGUGAAACUGCUACAAACAUAGUCAAAGAUGUGACAGUCAUGUGUGCCAAUAAGACUGCUAUAAGGCAGACUACAUGCACUGUGUUGUUGCAAUUAACACAGACAAUCAGUACAUGCUGCAUUAUUCAAACUGUGAGCACAGUACAGAAUAAAUCCUCCAUACAGGCUUAUGUGGUUGGAGAUGUAGAGAAAGUGGUAAAAGGGAUUUGUCGCAGCAGUGCUGCAGGACCACCAGUUGGAAGCUUUGAAAAGUGCAACGGUUCUCUUAGCCCUGACAUUAUCUGCAAUUCAAGUACCACAGUUAAUGUGUCAUGCAAUGGAAAUAGUCAAACGGCAUAUGUUUCACUUGCCAUUCCAGACCAAAAGAACUGCACCUUUGAAACCCAACAAAAUACUUGUAACUGUUCCUCCUAUUGCAACAGCACUGCUGCCUAUUAUAGUUUGGACAUUGAAACUUCAGACUUCAAAGUUAACAUGAUGCAAGUCAUUUCUCUGAUAUUAACAAAUUCUACAUGUAAUGACACUAAUCCUGGUUGCCAGGCUUUGAAGUACAUUUCCCAAAUCUAUGAAAACUCUACUGUGAUGUGUGAUAUAACAUGCACCAUCCUUCUGAAACUAAGCAAAGCCAUAGAAGUGUGUUUACUUAGAUCAGCAUUACUGGGUGCAUUCCAAAACCAGAGCACCAUGGUCACUGAUAUCACUGUCACCAGAGUGGCCAUAUGCAGCUGGGAAGAUAGUCUAAAUGCAGAUCUUUUGCAAUCAAACAUAUUGCCAGUUUCUGUUCUGCUUCCUGAUGUCUGCCCAAUUGGAAAAGUAAACAUUGUAUCAAAUUCCUGCAAAAAUGGAACAAAUAUAGCCGUGCCUUUGAUGGAGAGGUGCAACAACAUCCCAGUGAAUUCUGCUGCCACUAGCAUGCCAUCAUCAACUGCAAACACUAAUGUCACCAAAAUCACAAAUACAGCCUCAGCCACAAACACUUCAGAAGCUACCUUGGACACAACAGCCUCCACAACCUCAUCAACCAGUGCAGAAGCAACAGCUGAAGGUCUUCUGAAUCUGAGCAGGAAUGCAUCUGCUUUGAACUCCACACAGAUACAGGCGGUUGUAUCUCUGCUAGAGUCACUUCUUUCUGGGCCCAGUGUUAGCUUGGGUCUAGGAAACAUGUCUAUCAACAUUGUCAGCAAUCUUAUAGACGCACCUCCUAAUAUGCUGGCAUCCAGUUCAAACAGGAUCACUGGCAUUGUGGAUACUGUUGGCUUGAAGCUGGUUGUCCAGGGACAGAGUCAAAGUAUUCUCUCUCCAUCUGUGGCUCUGGCAGUGAAACUGGUGGAUGGGACUCUUUUUCCGAAGACCACAUUCACUAUCACUGACCCGUCCAACUUGCAGAUCAGCUCCAGGCUGGGGAGGACUGAGCCUGGCUCUCCUCAGGGUUCCAUAACUCUCCCUGCUUCUCUCACAGGGAACCUCACUGCUCAGCAGCAGCAGCUGGCCUCCAGAGUACAGUUUAAUUUCUACCAGAAGACCACUCUUUUCCAGGACCACACAUUAAACCCAAACAACAGAAGGCUGAUCAGUGGGGUUCUUGGCUCCAGUGUGGCUAACUUGUCCAUCUCUAACCUGAGAGAACAAGUAGUGUUUACCCUGAAGAACACAGAAACUGUUGCGGUUAACUCUUCACGAUCAUGUGUAUUUUGGAAAUUCAAUUUAAGCGGUGGCGCUGGUGGCUGGAGCUCUGAGGGUUGCACUGUGCUGAACCACACUGAAACUGAGACAAUUUGUGGCUGUAACCAUCUGACCAGCUUUGGUGUGCUUUUGGACCUUUCUGGAGAAGGAAUAAAGAAUCGCUUGCAGAAUACCAUCCUAACCUACAUCACCUACAUUGGCUGUGGCAUCUCUUCCAUUUUCCUUUCUGUCACCCUCAUGACUUAUCUGGCUUUUGAGACACUGCGCAAAGAUAUCCCAUCAAAAAUUGUGAUCCAGCUAUGUUUGGCUUUGCUUCUGUUGAACCUGACAUUCUUGUUGGAUGCUUGGCUGGCUCUGUACACCAACAUCGUGGGUCUCUGCAUCUCCACUGCCUUCUUCUUGCACUACUUCUUGUUGGCGUCUUUUACCUGGAUGGCCAUGGAGGCUGUCCAUAUGUACAUUUCCCUUGUUAAAGUUUUUAACACCUAUGUGUCUCGCUACAUGGUCAAAUUAGGACUUGCUGGAUGGGGUAUUCCUCUAAUUGUGGUCAUCAUUGUCAUUGCCAUUGAUGAAAACAAUUAUGCACUAAUGUCUUAUGGGAAGUUUGAAGAUGGAACCUCAGAUCAAUUUUGCUGGCUGAAGAAUGAGAUUGCCUACUAUGUUGCAGUGGUGGCCUACUUCUGUGUUGUCUUCAUACUGAACCUUAGCAUGUUCAUUGUGGUAAUGGUUCAGCUUUGUCGCAUUAAGAGGCAAAAUCCCCAUAAUUUACAGCAUCGCAGUGUCCUACAGGACCUGCGGAGUGUGGCAGGGCUUACUGUUCUCCUGGGCCUCACCUGGGGAUUUGCCUUUUUUGCCUGGGGUACUGUCAACCUGCCCUUUAUGUACCUGUUUGCCAUCUUUAACUCAUUGCAAGGUUUCUUUAUCUUUGUGUUCCACUGUGCUGUAAAGGAGAAUGUCAGAAAACAGUGGAGAAUACACCUGUGCUGUGGAAACCUAAGGCUAGUUGAGAACUCAGAUUGGAGUCACACUGCUACACAGAGGACCAAGAAAUCCACUGUAAAUAGAGUUGCUUCCUCAUUCAGAUCAGUGAUAUCAUCCAAAUCCAAUAAAUCAUCCAGUUCUUUCUUAGUCACUGACAGCUCAGGAUCAGACAGGUCAAUGGGGAUUGGCAGUCCAUUAGAUGACCGUGCGAUCACAGAGCAGGAGGAGCCAAGCUCAGAUGUAGUCCUGAAUGAGAUAAACCACAGGUACAGGAGCCAAAGAUCCUUCUGACUUGAAAGGCAACAAUUACAAUUGUGUUGUAAUGUAAUUUAUGUGAAUUUUUGCAUAAUGUGUAUGUUGUACAUAAUAAACCUAGAUAUGUAAUAUUAUAUAUCCUUUUAUAGUGUGUAUAUAUAGUAUAUACUGAAUAAACCAAUUUGUGUAGUAGCAUUUACAGGAGAUAUCCAAUGAUUUAAAAAAAAAAAAGACUUGAUUGCUGUUGCCUGAGCUAUAUUUUAUAGGAUUAAAUUAAAUAAAUCACUAUUAAAUCAGCUAUAAAUAUUAAGGUAAAUGUUGUUCAAUUAAGUGUAUAUACUUCAAAUAAAAUAUAAUUCUGGCAUACAUUAUAUACAUAUCCUCACAUACCAUGAAAUCACUGCAAAACGUGAAAAGGUGAAAAUAAAGUUUGCUUAAAUUAAAUGAACGGUUGAAUUUCUCAA